AUGGAGGAAAAAUUGGGGUUAAUGAGUGAAAAAGACUUUAUGAUCAAAAGCCGGUUAGAGGUAAAGUUGAAUGACUUGGAAAAGAAACAUCUGGAGACCAAAGAGAGGGAGGCUCAGACUGUAGGGUUCCUUGAGAGGAAAUUGAGACAAGUGGAGUUAGAACACAAGACAGAGUUAAAACUAAGAAGGCAAUUAAGAUAUGAAGUAAAUAAUUUGAGAAAGAAGCUUCUGGAGACCUACCAGCUAUAUAGUAAUACAUUGGAGCAAAAUGAGCUGAUGAGGAGCGAAAUUGACAGGUUAAAGGGAAAUGAUUUGAAGAAUCGUGGUAAAGAAAUAGAUUUUGUUGUUUCUAAACAGGUUGAGGUUCAGAUACAUGGACCUUUUCAGGAUUACUAUUGCUUUGGUAACGAAAAUAGUGGGUUAAGCCAGAAAAACAGGUUAAGCUUGAGAGGUUUAAAUGAAUUAGAUUUCAAGGAAAAAAAGUUUUCAAUGAGCUUUGAUGCAAAAAAUGGAAAGAAUUCUUUUAAUAGAGGAAGCUUACAUUCUGGAAAGAACUUAUUUAGCAGUAUUAAUAGAACUGUUGAAAGAAUCAAGAUUCCAAAUGAGGGGAGAGCUCUGGGAAGUGCUAUUUCUGGUGGUGAAAGUUCGAGGGACCUAAACCUCAAAUCAGAAAGAGCCAAGGAUUGGCUAAACCAAAUUGAAGAACUUUACAAGCCUUUAGAGUAUCCAAAGCUAUGUAAUGGAAGGUAUAAAAGUAAGUUAGACUCAUUUUCUAGAAUAGGGGUUGAGAACUCUUUAAGUUUGGAAGAAGAUUCGUUCUCCGACGAAGAAUAUUACUCUGGUGAAUACGAUAUCUCAGAAAAUACCGAGGACGUUAUCACAAACACGGGAUUUAUCAUAGACCAAAUAAAUCAACAAGAUAAGGAGCUUUCUACACUGCUAAACAAGACUUUCAUUAGUACAAAUAAUAAAAAUAGAAUUCCUUCUAGGAGCAGAUCUAGGAGUGUGAGAAACACCAGGAAGUAA